AAGAAAACAAGUCUCACUCGUUUGUUCCUCAACUCAAAUUCAAUCCAAUCCCAUCAUCAUCUUUGGCGCAAUACCACUCGCCAUGUGUACCGGCCAUUCCCAUCCGUCGGAUCUCCAUUGAACGGUCAAGAUAGAAGGGAAAACGGAAAACAGAAAAAGGAAAACGAGUGGGAGAUGGUCGCCGGGAAAGUGAAAGCGGCGAUGGGGUUUCAACGGAGUCCGGCGACGCCGAAGCACGAGAGCGCACGACUUCCCUCGUGCUCGCCGGCGUCGACCAAGUCCUCCGCCUCGGGAACGCCGGCGACAACCACGAAGAACUCCGGCGCCGCCGCCGCCUUCGCGCGCUCUUUCGGAGUGUACUUCCCCAAAUCCUCGGCCCAGGUCCAGCCCCGCCCGCCGGACGUCGGCGACCUCAUCCGCCUCAUCGAGGACCUCCAGGAACGUGAGUCUCGUCUCCAGACUGAGAUCCUGGAGUACAAGCUCCUUAAAGAGACGGCCUCCAUUGUCCCCUUCCUCGAGUCUCAGAUCUCCUCCAAAGACCAAGAGCUCGAGCUCUUGAAGCAGAGCUUCGAGCGCGUCGAUGCUGAGAACCGCGAGCUCCAUGCGGAGCUCGAGGUACUGAAACCCCAAAUCCAAGCUCAAAACGAAGGAUCAAAGCAAAAGGAGAAGAGGAUUAGAGAGAUGGUGGUUGAGAUCGAGGAACUGAGAAGAACGAUUUCGGAGCAGAGCAUCGGAGAUUCUCGAAGGUUCUCCGGUGUCACCGACGAGUGCUCGUCGUCGCAGCGGUUCCAGGGCCUCAUCGACGCUUCCUCUCGCUCGAAUCUCGUGAGAAGCUUGAGAAGAAGCCCUAAAUCCAGCGACAUUGCACCCAAUCCCGAGGGCCAGAAGGCAGAGCCCGUGGAUCCCAAGGGAGACGAGGGUAAUCGCUGCGAAAGAGACGAGAAUCCAAGACCUCGAGUUCCUAGGGUUCCCAAACCUCCUCCCACGCCUUCAUUCUCUUCGAGCUCAUCGUCUUCUUCGUCUGAUACGGCAUCGAGCUCGCCAACCAUACCUGGGCUUCCACCGCCCCCGCCGCCACCGCCGAAGAGCAGUUUUGCAGGAACGCCGAUGACCCGUGCCCCACCGCCACCGCCUCCACCCCCGCCGACGAGGGGAUCGAAGGCCUCUGCGGCGAGUGUGAGACGAGUUCCGGAGGUGGUGGAGUUCUACCACUCGCUGAUGCGAAGGGACUCGAAGAGGGAGUCCGGUGCCGGAGUCACCGACGCUCCAGCAGCGGCUAACGCCCGGAACAUGAUCGGCGAGAUCGAGAACCGCUCCGCUCACCUGCUCGCCAUAAAGACCGACGUGGAAAUGCAGGGAGACUUCAUCCGCUUCCUAAUCAAAGAGGUGAACAACGCCGCCUUCUCCAACAUCGAAGACCUCGUCGCCUUCGUCAAAUGGCUCGACGACGAGCUCUCCUUCUUGGUGGACGAGCGGGCGGUGCUAAAGCACUUCGACUGGCCGGAGCAAAAGGCCGACGCAAUGCGCGAGGCGGCGUUCGGCUACUGCGAUGUUAAGAAGCUCUCAUCGGAGGCCUCGUCGUUCCGCGACGACCCUCGCCAGCCCUGCUCUUCUUCUCUCAAGAAGCUUCAGGCGCUCUUAGAGAAGUUAGAGCACGGGGUGGAUAACUUGGCACGUAUGAGAGAAGGAGCGACAAAGAGAUACAAGGGUUUUAGGAUACCCUGGGAAUGGAUGCUGGAAACGGGCAUAGUGAGCCAGAUAAAAUUGGCAUCAGUGAAGCUGGCAAUGAAAUACAUGAAGAGAGUGUCCUCCGAGCUUGAGGCAAAUGGGAGCGGCAGCCCUGAAGAAGAGGACCUUAUGCUCCAGGGAGUUAGAUUUGCCUUCAGAGUUCACCAGUUUGCUGGAGGUUUCGAUGUGGAAACGAUGCGAGCAUUCCAGGAACUCAAAGACAAGGCACGCUCAUUCCACCACCAUCACAAUAAAAUUUAUUCCAGGUCUACUUCUUGUUAGACUCAUCAUCAUCUGAUCACUACUUAUCCAGGAACAAGAUCAAGAACAAAUAUUCUUUUAUUGUAUAAACAUGAUCGAUUUGAUUAUUAAA